ACUGGUGUCGACACAUUUCCCAGGGAUGAAGUUCGCUGGCUCAAAAACUUCAGCUGUUGUGUGUGCUGGGUUCUCUUACUCCUCAUCAGGCUCAAGCUACCUGUUUUGAUGCCCCGUUUGAAUAGUCUUUAUUAUUGCACCUACAAAUUAAAGUGUAGGCCAUAGCCCUAGGAGAAGAUUUUUAAAGGCUUAAAGGCACUUUAGAGACGAACCACUGAGUGAUGUGCUGUAACUUAGACAAACUUAUUGCAGGAAAAGAUGGGAUCCUGGAGUCAGGGGACAGCAGCUCUGUACUAGACUCCGACAUUCUGCAGGUGAUCUGAGGCGUCACUGGAAUCAGGCGAAAGACGGCAUAUUUUGGGAGAAACCUGACUAAUUUGGGAUGUGAGGACCUGACCUUCGAUAUUAUUUGAAGGGGGAUUAUAAAAGUUGUAACUUAUGGUUCUUGUACUGUCAUGGAAGUCGGGAAGAGAUUAUAGAUUUAUUUUUAGCACGAAUAAAGAUGAAAGCGUUGACACAAUUUGACCAGGCCACAUUUGGACUACUGUGGAGUUGCCUUGGUUUUCUUCAGUGCGUUUACUGUGGUUUGGGAGACAACCAUGUGCAUUCCAGUUUUAUUUACAGAAGGUUGCGUAACCACGAAAGAAGAGAGAUUCAAAGAGAAAUUCUGUCGAUUUUGGGUUUGCCACAUUGUCCAAGGCCCUUUUCCCCAGGAAAACAGGCAUCAUCUGCUCCUCUGUUCAUGCUUGACUUGUAUAAUGCCAUGGCGACUGAGGAGGAAGACGGAAUACUUGAGGGCACAAGCAAAGGUUUCAGUGGGAAAGCUCAUGGAAACUCGCGCAAAGGGUACUACAGCUCUCCACAUGGAUAUACUCGCGUGGCACAGUCAUACCGCGCGGCCCCCCUCACGAGCCCAAGUCCGCGUCUAGCAACUUCUCACGACACCAGCUUUCUGAACGACGCCGACAUGGUCAUGAGUUUCGUGAACUUAGUGGAAAGGGACAAGGAAUUCUCACACCAGCGGAGACACUUUAAGGAGUUCCGCUUUGACCUCACUCAGAUUCCUGACGGGGAAGCUUUGACUGCCGCCGAAUUCCGCAUCUACAAAGACCACGGCCAUGCUCGUUAUGAGAACAUCACCCUCAAGGUCUCUAUACACCAGGUCAUCAAGGAAUACCAAAACAAAGAUUCAGAAACAUUCUUGCUUGAUUUUAAGAAAAUCAAGGCCUCGGAUGGUGGGUGGCUGGUCUUUGACAUCACAGCCACGAGUAACCACUGGAUGUUAAAUCCUCAGCAGAACAUGGGGCUCCAGCUCUGUGUAGAGACCAUGGAUGGAAGAAGUAUCAACAUGAAGUCUGCUGGCAUCAUUGGAAGAAGCGGUCCACAAUCUAAACAGCCAUUUCUCGUGGCAUUUUUCAAAGCCAGUGAGGUCUUGCUUCGCUCUGUAAGAGCCACCGGAGGCAAGAAGAAGAAUAACAAUCGAAAUAAAGCACGGUCGCAACAGAAAUCCUCACAGGCACCCAAAAAUGGAGAUCAAAACACCAGCGAACAAAAACAAGCCUGCAAGAAACAUGAGCUUUACGUCAGUUUCAGAGACCUAGGCUGGCAGAACUGGAUUAUCGCACCGGAGGGCUAUGCAGCUUUCUACUGUGAGGGGGAGUGCUCUUUUCCACUGAACGCACACAUGAAUGCCACCAACCACGCCAUUGUGCAAACUCUGGUCCACCUGAUGUUUCCUGAUAAUGUGCCAAAACCUUGCUGUGCACCGACUAAGCUCAAUGCCAUAUCAGUGCUGUACUUUGAUGACAACUCAAACGUCAUUUUGAAGAAGUACAGGAACAUGGUGGUCAGAUCGUGUGGAUGCCAUUGAAGAUGUCGUUGUUGUUGAUACUGUUUUUUGUUUAUUUGUUUGUUUAUUUCCAGUCCAUUACAAGUGCAGAGACAUAUCAAUCUAGAUUGUUUUGUGGUAUGAUGUACAGUAUUAUGUAUAUUAUGUACUUAUUAUGUUCUUAUUUAUUAUCAAUUAUUUUGUGAUAAUGAUUUUACUGUAAAAUAUAUGACUUUGAGACUCAAAUAAAAGCUCUUGUUAAUCCGUUGACAUAUUAUCCGCCCUACAACAACAACAACAACAACAACAAAAAUGGUACUUUAGACAAUUUAAGGAUAGGGACACCCGCUGUAUGUUGUAAUUUUAGGGGGACUGAAGUUAAGUGGUGUGUUGGUGUACUCUAUCCAUCUGUGGCUGAGAGGGGAAAAAAGACUCAAGGCUAUGGUUAACAUCUAGCUGAGGAUGCAGCAGAACUGAUGCAGGCAGGACCUCAUGUCCUGCGGAGACUUUAAAUAUUUGACUUUAGAUAGACCCAAAAGCUGUAAAUGUGAAUUGAGCACUAAUACUGAAAUGCUCACAGAGCAGCAUUAUCACAAUGCCCACAGAUCUUUGAUACUGUCACUACUGACCCCUGACACGGGCCCCUCUCUGGAAUGUCAGCCUCGUAAUGUUUGUCCUCAACAUCCCCCAAAAACCACAGCAUUGAGCCCAUUCCACUCUUAUUUUCUCAACGAGAGAUCUUGUUAAACAGGAAGGCCUAGUCCACCUGUUGGAACUGAGAUUGAUAUACACACAGACAGUAUAUACAACUAGAACACUGCAAAAUGUUUGUAUUGUAGCUCAUAGUGUGAGAUGGAUACAGAGUGCACCUUUAAAGUAUUUAUGAUAUGUGUGCAUGUAAAACUGUUCAUAUGGUACUGUAUGCCCCAACACGUAUAGGUCAUUUAAGAUGUAUUUUUUAUCUUCAUUAUUUUAUUCAACAAGGCCAGUUCCUUUAAGGGUAGUUAGGUAUUUCAGGGAGUUUUUUUACUCUCUUUGUGACUACAUCUCAUUUAUGCAAGCCCUCCCCCCUUCACAAUGAUGUCAGUUUUUCAAAAAUAUCAUUUUAUGGCAUUAUGACAGUAAGUGUCAAACUAAUUAUGAAAUUCUUAUUUUGUCUCCAGUCCUUAUGUUCUGAACUGUAAUGAAAGCUCGCAAAAAAGAAAAUCCAUGCAUUUGCUCUAGAGUAACACAGUCCACUAAUGUACCUAGAGACUAAUGAAAAUUGAUGAGCGUCGUCAAUGGUGUUUCUGUGGCUCUGUAAUUAGUUUUAGCCGUUUUCUCAGAUGUCCAUCAUACAAAACGAAAUGUAACUUUCCCAGAUGAAAUCAGUAUUUCAGAAACAUCAUUAAAGAUAACCAAUAUCCAUCACAGUUUAAAUGUCAUAGUACAUUAGGGACAAACAUUAUGGUCCAUAGAGCACCUUGGCUUUAUAAGUGAAAUGUCACAUUUUAAUUUGCCCAAUCUGGUGUGACGUUGUUAUCUACUAUCAGUGCUACUGGGACAUUUAUUUCAGUUUGUUGAACGAAAAUUAUGAUGUCAUAGAUGACAUACAAACAACCCAAGUGUUUUAUUGAAGGAUUUGUAUGGAUUUUACUUUUACUCUCCUAAGCCAUUUUCAAAACUCUUUGGCAUUUAUGACAUUAGAGAAAAUUGAGAAAAUAUUUCAUUUAUAACAGGACGGCUUUGUGAGACAAAUACUCUUCAUUUACUGGCAUGGCUGACACCAUCAGAGGAAUGUUUAAUACCAUCACAAUAGCUGCAAACAAACCUGAUGGAAUUCACAAAGGCUGUGUGCUGGUCUCAGCCGGCCAAUAAAAAUGAAAAUCCAUGGUCAACAGUGAAUUACAUAAGCUUAGAUGUGAAAUGCACUCACCAAAUCCUCUGAAUUCUUUGGUAAAUCUGCAGUCAGAUGUCACCUCUAUGCCCAGAGAAUACUAAUAGGGGAAAAUGUUUGUUGAGAGGUAAUUUGAAAAUUGGGUUGUGAGUGGGAGUUGGUAUUGAUAUUCGGAGGAAGAGUGUGUUGCACGAGGACAAGCCAAAUUUCUUCAUCUACAUGCAUUUAAGGAUAUACUGUAUAAACAAGAACUUAGAUGAGAGAUCUGUCAGAUUAUUGUGCGCAUGUGGCGAACAUGAUUAAAUGACCACAUAUUUUAGAGAAAAGCCAAGUUGCCACUGCCAACAUGCCCAGAUAGCGACCCCAAAUAACAUCACUGUGUUGACAAACGGAACUCACAAACAGCCAGGAGUUUAUUUGUGUUGCACAGAAAAGGGACGGGCAAUGCAUGUUAUCUUCACAAAUUUAUGGCAUCAUUUAAAGGAAUGAUAUAUGUUGUGAUGUGUUUUUGUUGAUUUCAAACAACUAAACUGUUCUCCAUCUGCUCAAGCAAUUACAGUAAUUAAUCAAAGUCACUUUUUCUAUAUUAUUUGAAGGUGUUCAGUUAAAUUAUAUAUUGGCUAAUUGCAAGUGGGCUAUUAUAGAAUAAUGUCUAAAAAUAAAAAAGAUAUAUAUUUAAAUCUUAUUUAAGUCACUUUUUUAUCUUUAAAAUCAUAUUAUCAUUCAAUCUUAUCAUUUUAAGAAACAGAAGCAGGAUUGACAAAAUUAUAUUGAAAAGUACUCAUCUUGCAUUGUAAUGUGAUAAUUUAAGAACAAACCUGAAAGCUUUUUCAGACAAUGAUUGAAACAUACACAGUGGACAUGUACUUAUACUGUUAAAAAUAUGAAAUAAAAUGUCUCAGAAAUGUACAGAUUUUAGUAAUAUAUGUCAAAGAAGUUACUGUAUCUACUCUAUUGGAUUACUGUUUGUGGCAUUAAAUGUAUUUUCAUGAAUGA